CGGACGUUAACAAACUAUGACGCUUACUGUAUGAAAUAUAAGGAAUGUAUAUUUUUGCAAUUUAUAAAGUGAAAGACAAAUGAUCAAAUCAUAAUUAUUAAAAAUGAAAACAAAAGAGAAUAUACUCGUCGUUAAUAAUGGAGACAAUGAUACACGAAAAACUGCAGAAGAAAUGGAUGAAAUUAGGCAAAAAACUUUGGCAUAUGAAUAUCUGUGUCAUUUAGAAGAAGCAAAAAAAUGGCUAGAGGCUUGUUUAAGAGAAAGACUACCACCUACAACAGAAUUAGAAGAAAAUUUACGCAAUGGUGUUUAUCUAGCAAAACUUGGACAUUUUAUAGCUCCAGGAAUUAUGCCUUUAAAUAAGAUAUAUGAUAUUGAACAAAAAAGAUAUUCAAUUGCUGGACUACAAUUCCGUCAUACUGAUAAUAUAAAUUUUUUUUUAAAAUGUCUUAAAUCGAUGCAACUGCCCUUUACAUUUCAACCUGAGACAACAGAUAUUUAUGAUAAAAAAAAUAUGCCUCGUCUUAUCUAUUGUAUUCAUGCACUUAGUACACAUUUAUUUAAAAUAGGAAAAGCUCCACAAAUACAAGAUCUAUAUGGAAAAAUUAAUUUCACUGAUGAGGAAAUUAAUAUCGUCAGUCGGGAAUUACGAAAAAUGGGCAUAGAAAUGCCUCCUUUUCAAAAAAUUGGUGGUCUUUUAACAAACAGUUUAGCAGGUAAUACUGCUACUUUGCAUGCCGCUGUAAUAGCAAUCAAUCAGUCCUUAACUUCUAAGGAUUACAAUGGACUUUUACCACAACUUCAAAAUUCUGCAGUAUGUUUGAAAGAUAUCAAUUCAGAUUAUAUAAAUUUAUAUUUUGAAACUUUAUUAGAUGCAAAAGAAAGAAAGUCACAAGCUGCAUUAAAUAGAUCGCUAAAUGAUAGUUACAUUCCUGAUGCCUAUGAUGAACUUUUAACACAAGCAGAAAUACAAGGACAUAUUAAUAAUGUUAACAUGCAAUGUGCUUUUGAAAUUUUGACUGAUUGUGUUCUACAAGAAACGAAAAGAAUUGCUUCAGCCUUAAAAAAUUCAGCGUUAGCAUUACAAAGAGUAUCAUAUGAAAAUAACAAUCUUUAUGGAAAAGAAUUAAAGGCAUUAAUAAAAAGAGAAGAAGCUGUGAGAUAUUUAAAUAAAACUUUACAAAGCGAUUCAGAAAAAGAAUUUUAUGAAGCUAUGAUAAAUCCUCGAUUAGGAAUUUCUCAUUUAAUUGACAAUUUUGCAAUUCCACUUUAUUUUGAAGAAAUGAAAAUUGAUCGCAUUGAAUCUAAAACUGAAUUAGCUUAUAGUGACAUUGUAGUUAGUAUUAAAGUUCUAUCUGCAAUUGCAAAUAUUACUAAAAGUAUUGAUACGAGCAAUCCCAAUUUUGUUUUUGAAGCUUUAAGUUGUCAAGAUGCACAUAUUGCUAAUCUCGAAGAAGAACACAAAGUAAAGUACUGUAGAGCAUUAGCAGCAGUUCGUUAUGAAAAACAAAUUACUCAAGAGGCAUGCCCUUUACUUACAUAUAUUGAUAUACAAGAAUGUAUUGAUCUUGUGAAUGAACAGUGUGUAGAAGAUAAUAAAGUAAUUGAUGUGUUAAAGAAUCUAAAUAAAGCUGUAAAAAAGAGUAGCCGUUCUGAUAUGAUGGAGGCCUUAAAGCAAAUUUCUUUAAAAUUACAGAAAGUUACAUCUCCAGAUGAUGCGUCAUUGUACUUAAAAUUAUUUAAAAAAUGUUUAGUUGAAAAACAUUCAGAUGGGUCUGAAUUAUGGUUAGAAGAUGUUGAACAAAUAACUCAAAUUGUAGUAUCUGAAGCAGAAAAUGUUCAACUAGCCUGUACUGUUUUAUCUCAAAUUAAUAUGGGUUUGGAACGAGAUGAUUUCAUUUUUACUAUUGAUUGUUUAUUGUGGGAUAAAUUAAAGUUAUCAGAAAAACAGAAAAUUCAGUGUUUUAAAGCUUUAAGUAAACUUAAAGAAACUAAGCAACAGAAAUAUUCUUGCCCAUAUACACGAUAUGUAACACCAGAUGGCAAUGAAUCAUUCAUCGAUCUUGAAAAGUGUAAUUAUACAUGGGAUUGCCCAAAGAAUAUAAGUGAGCCUUGUUAUAUUACGAAAGAUGAUAUCGAGAAUAUAAUAAAGGAUGUUACGAUAACAGAAUUGUCGCAAGAUACGAAUAAAGACUUUGAGAACUUGAUCAUAAAGUUCCAGGCUUUUGUAAGAGGAUAUCUUUUACGUAAAAAAAUUGCCAAUUAUGUUACAAAAAUUGUUCAGAUUCAGGCCUGGUGGCGCGGAUAUUCACAAAGGAAAAAGUAUGUAACAUUGUUAGAAAGCAGAAUAAAGAAUCGAACAGCGGAAGCCUGUCGAUUUGCAAAAGUGAAGGCCAAAUAUCAACUCACCAUGGAUUACUACAGAGAACACGAAAAUAAAAUAACGAAAAUUCAAGCACUUUGGCGUGGACGAGCAGCAAGAAGAGCUUUUCAUUCACUUUUACGUUUAGAUAAACCACCAUUUUCUAUUGUUAGACAUUUUUCUGGUAUUCUUAAUUUUAAUGCCGAAGAUUAUGACAAAGAUUUACAGCUUCAGCAAUUGAAAAAUGAUGUAGUUCAAUUGAUCAAACACAAUCAAAAUCUAUCUCAACAAUUGGACAAUAUGGAUAUUAAAAUAGGCCUUUUAAUACAAAAUAGGAUUACACUCCAGGACGUAGUAGCUCAUGGAAAAAAUUUGGAAAAUUUAACAAAAGAUAAAACAUCAAAUAGGCUACGAAAAAAUUCAUUUAUAUCAGAUGGUCACAGUACUCACAAGGGACUAAAGUCACUAACGAAAGAAGGUCGCAGAAUGCUAGAAGGUUAUCAGCACUUAUUUUAUACAUUACAAACGAAUCCGAUCUAUUUAUCCAAACUUCUGUUCUUACUACCGCAAAGCACAUCAAACAAAUUUUUGCACAAUGUAAUUUUAACGCUGUUUAAUUUUGGUUCAAAUUCGAGAGAAGAAUAUUUACUAUUAAAGCUUUUAGGCACUGCACUUCGAGAAGAAAUAAGAUGUAAGUUUCAAAAGCCUUCAGAAGUCGUAACUGGAAAUCCUCUGGUUUUAAAAAUGGCAGUGAACUAUGCAAGACAAUUAAAUGGUCAAAGAGCGUUACGAGAAAUAUUAGGACCUAUAAUUGAAAAAAUACUUGCUGAUAAAACUAUAACGAUCGAAACUAAUCCUGUGGACAUAUACAAAUGUUGGAGGAAUCAACUUGAAAUGGAAACGGGAGAAACAUUAGAUUUGCCUUAUUCUGUAACAGAAAAACAAGCUUUGCAAUACGAACAAGUACGAGUAAGACUGAACAAUGGUAUACGAUUGUUGCAAACAACAGUUUUAGAAUUAUUAGAUAGAAUAAGGGCAUCUAGAGAUUUGAUUCCCUAUGGAAUGUUGUAUAUGGCCAAAGUAUUAAACGAUACCUUGAGCGAAAAAUUUCCCGAGGCUCUUGAGAAAGACAUCUUAAAGGUCGUUGGCAAUUUGAUUUAUUAUCAUUUUAUCAAUGCUGCAAUCGUCGCUCCGGAUGCGUUUGACAUAGUCACUUUACCUAUUGAGCGUUCACUUUCUAAUGAUCAACGAAGAAAUUUGGCGAGUGUCGCAAAAAUUCUUCAAUUCGCUGCAUCGAAGAAAGGAUUUGGUGAGGAAGCAACUCAUCUUGUAUGUUUAAAUCCCUUUAUAAUCGAAUGCCACGAGAAAUUCAAAAUGUUUUUCCGUUACUGCUGCCAGAUUGAGGAAUUAGAUGAGCACUUUAGCAUACAUGAAUAUACUGAGGCUACGCUUAUUCAAAAACCCGAGAUAUCAAUAUCAUUACAGGAAAUUUGUGAUACGCAUUGUCUCGUACUUGAGUACCAAGAUCAAAUAGCUACGGAUCCAUUAGAUUCUCUUCACGAAUUACUCGAUGAUUUGGGAAUUGCACCAACCGUUGCAACGCUUUUGGGGCUAACCGAUUCCGUAAAUGAAACAACAAUAGCUCGUCUCGGUAAAACGGAAGUAUGUCUUGUUCUUAAUAACAAAUUUGAAGUUCCUGAAAAUGAUGACACAAAUUUGAGUAGAUUGUUUAUAAAAACGAAAGAACUAUUGGUAUCAGUGCUUCAAUUUUUAAAAGGUGAAACGUUAGUUGAAGCAUUAGAAACCUCAUCUUCUCCAAUUCAAGAAAAGUUGUAUAAUGUUAAAAAUUUAUCAUUAGCGCCAUUAGUGAUGCUACAUAAAAGCAUAUUCAAUUCCUCGCUGAAUGACUGCAAACUUCAACUACGAGCAUACUUGAACAAACUGGAACUCGGCGGAUGGGUCUGGCGAGACGAUGGCUACCAAACAAUAGUAACUGCAGUGGCUAAAGAUCUAUGUAACAAAGGCCGUUACAGAGUUUUGCGAAAUAAGGAGUUGAUGAUGCUUCGCGUGACGAAGCAACGAUUAGAAGAAAAAUCAAAUUAUUAUAAAGAACAAGUCGAAUAUUACAAUGAAUAUAUUAAACGAUGCUUAGAAAAUUUGAAUGCAGGAAAAGGGUCCUUACAUAGACUUAAAGGAAACCAAAAGAAUGGCCACGGUAAAUUGAAGUCCAAGGUAACUCUUAAAUACUCAGCGGCCAAGCUUCAGGAGAAGGGCAUACUGCUGGAAGUUGAUGGGCUACCUCACUCCCAGUUCAAGAACGUAAUCUUUGAAAUAUCUCCGACAGAACAUAAUGGCCUCUUCACGGUGAGGGGUAAAUUCAUGGGUGUGGAAAUGGAGAAGGUCGAUGUCGAUGUUCAAAAGCUGCUUGAGCUACAAUUUGAAGGCUCGCCUAUAAUGGAUAUGUUCGGCAAAGCCAAGAUCAACGUUAAUCUACUGCUCUACUUGCUAAAUCGCAAGUUUUACGGGAAAAAAUAGAAUUGAUGCCUUAAACCGCAUAAUCAUGACAUUAUUUUAAUUUAUUUAUU